CACCAUACCAGGAAAAUGGCUGAUGGAUUUUCUCUUCAUGAUGCCUUAUCUGCACCUGAAAAUCCAAACCCACAAGGUUGGCCACAAGAUUGGGGAAACCAGCCCCCUGGUACUGCAGCAUGCCCAGGAUAUCCUGGAGCCUACCCUGGUCCAGGACAUCCUAGUGCUCCUGGAGCUUAUCCAUCUUCAGGGCCCAUGGUUACCCCUAGUGGACCAACACCUCCUUUGGGAGGCCCACUGAUGGUACCUUAUGAUCUUCCCUUGCCAGGAGGAAUUAUGCCUCACAUGCUAAUAACCAUUAUGGGCACAAUGAAACCUAAUGCAAACAAACUUGCUUUGGAUUUCAAGAACGGGAAUGAUGUGGCCUUCCGCUUCAAUCCUCGCUUCAAUGAGGGCAACAGACGAGUAAUUGUUUGUAAUUCAAAAUUCGACAAUAACUGGGGAAAGGAGGAAAGACAGGCUAUGUUCCCAUUUGAAGCUGGCAAACCAUUCAAAAUUCAAGUGUUCAUUGAGAUUGAUCAUUUCAAGGUUGCUGUCAAUGAUGCCCACUUGUUGCAGUAUAAUCAUCGAAUGAAAAAUUUCCGUGAGAUCAAUAAGCUGAGCAUUUCUGGUGAUAUUAACCUUACCAGUACCUCACAUACUAUGAUAUAAAUUU